AUGGCCACCUCGGGACGCCUCAGCUUCACCGUGCGCAGCCUCCUGGAUUUACCCGAGCAGGACGCACAGCACCUGCGGAGGCGGGAGCCGGAGCUACGCGCUCCCGGGCCCGGCCCCUGCGCCACCUGGUUGGAAUCCGAGCGCAGCCACUACCCCUCCUCGGACGAGAGCAGCCCGGAGACCAGCCUUCCCGACUCGUCGCAGCGGCCGUGCACUCGGCCGGUGUCUCCUGGCUCAGACGCUGAAAAGAGGAAGAAGCGUCGGGUGCUGUUCUCCAAGGCGCAAACGCUGGAGUUGGAGCGACGCUUUCGGCAGCAGCGCUACCUGUCCGCGCCCGAGCGCGAGCAGCUGGCGCGCCUGCUUCGCCUCACGCCCACACAGGUCAAAAUCUGGUUCCAGAACCAUCGCUAUAAGCUGAAGCGCGCGCGCGCCCCCGGCGCGCCGGGGGCGGUGGAGUCGCCUGACCUGGCAGCCGCUGCCGAGCUGCGCGCCGCCCCGGGCCUGCUGCGCCGCGUGGUGGUCCCCGUGCUGGUGCGCGACGGGCAGCCUUGCGGCAGCGGCGAUCUGAGCACGGCCUCCGCCCAGGCCAAGAGCGGCGCGUCCCCGGCCGCCAGCUGCCCUCUGCCAGGCUAUGCCGCCUUCGGGCCUUGCUCGGCUCUCGGCCUCUUCCCCGCCUACCAGCACUUAGCGCCCCCAACCCUGGUCUCCUGGAACUGGUGA